AUGGUUUUUAAAAGUUGGAUGGUGGGGUAAAAAAUCCGGACUGCGUAUAAAUCCGGACUCCUUAUGAAGUACGUUAUCACAUUCCCUAGUAAGUAAUGAGGAAGUGAAGUCCCAAACGGCUGGAAAGGCUCGGAAGCUGAUCCCCGAAGCAGUUAGCACGCCAAGACACGGCGGAGAAUACUUACAGGGCUCCCUAGCAAAAGUAGGCGAAGAGGAGAAGAGAAGACCAGCACGUUUUCAUAACAGCCUUCCUAUUGGUCUCUUCCGACGACAUACCCAAAUCUCACUUCUUCAUCCAUCACUUCACGACCAUACCUACUUCUCACUCGCCCAUUUACUCAGUACUGAUUCUUCUCCAGCUGUGGUACCACCACGACUUCACGAGUGUAUCAUUGAGGAGCAAGACUCGUGA